AUGGAUUUCGUUUUUGAUUCUCUAGCUAAUGCCAUUGUAUUGGCAUUCUUUUCUAUAUUCAUCCUUUACUAUUUGUUCCUAAAUAAAUCUUCCAAAUUAGUUUCUCAUAGUAAAGAGGCUCCUAUUGUUCAAGGUGCAUGGCCAAUACUUGGCCACCUCCCACUAUUAAAGGCUUCACAAGGACCCCAUAGAGUCUUAGGUGCAUUGGCUGACAAAUAUGGACCCUUAAUCAACAUCAAGCUAGGUUCUAAACGUGUUUUAGUAAUUAGCAAUUGGGAAAUGGCUAAGGAAUGUUUCACCAAGAUGGACUCGAUAGUUUCAAAUCGCCCUAAACUUGAAUCAACUCAACAUCUAGGUUACAAUGGAGCCAUGUUUUCGCUUUCACCCUAUAAUUCUUAUUGGCGUCAAAUAAGAAAGCUUGCAAACUCAGAGAUCCUCAACCAUCACCGCGUUGAGCAACUACAACCUUUUCGGGUCAAGGUAGUUAGGGCUUCCAUAAAAGAGCUCUACAAUGUUUGGUAUAGUAAUGAGAGUAAGUCUUCAGAAUAUGUGUUGGUGGAGUUGAAGGAAUGGUUUACUCAAUUGAGUACAAACAUUGUUCUUCCGAGUUUGAUUGGGAAGAAACGAUAUUUUAAUACUACGAAUGGGAUUGACAAGGAAGAAGAACAAAAAUUUAUGAUAGCUAUGAAAGAAUUGUUACGUUUGUUAGGCGUGUUCACAGUAGGAGAUGCUAUUCCUUUUUUAAAGUGGUUUGAUAUUGGUGGCCAUGUGAAGGCCAUGAAAAAAGCUUCUAAAGAAUUGGACAACAUUUUAGGUGAAUUGUUGGAGAAGCGCCGUAGGAACAAGAGUUCGAAUGAUAAUGAGAUUGUUCGUGAUAAUCAAGAUUUCAUGGAUGUGAUGCUUUCAUUGCUUGAUGGAACAACAACAGAAGGAUUUGAAUCCGAUACCAUAAUCAAAGCCACUACAUUGGCACUGAUUGCGGGAGCAGUUGACACAACUAGUGUCACUGUUAUAUGGGCAAUAUGUUUGUUAGUAAAUAAUCCUCUUGCAUUGGAAAAGGUAAAAGAAGAACUUAACACUCAAGUUGGCAAAGAGAGAUGUGUAAAAGAGUCCGAUAUAGACAAAUUGAUCUACCUUCAAGCUAUAGUCAAAGAAGCACUAAGGUUAUACCCUGUUGCUCCUCUCUCAGGACCACGCGAAUUUUCAGAGAAUUGUAAUUUAAGUGGUUUUGAUGUCAAAAAAGGAACACGAUUAAUAAUUAAUCUUUGGAAGAUCCAUACUGAUCCUCAAGUUUGGUUAGAUCCGUUAAAAUUCAAACCUGAACGGUUUCUUACUACUCAUAAAAAUGUUGAUGUUAAGGGUCAUCAUUUUGAAUUAAUACCAUUCGGAUGUGGUAGAAGGAUUUGUCCUGGAAUGUCAUAUGCCCAUCAAAUGGUGCAUUUAACUUUAGCUAGUUUUUUGCAUUCCUUUGAAAUCUUAAAACCAUCAAAUGAGCCUAUUGAUAUGACCGAAUGUUUUGGAAUAACCAAUACCAAAGCAAAUCCGCUUGAGAUUCUCAUUAAACCAUGCUUGUCUUCAAAUUGUUAUGAAAUUAUGUGA